AUGUCGAAUGUCAAUGACAACAACCAACAGGUGAAAGGAACUCCAGUUCCGUCACCUCAAGGAACCCCACGCAAUUCAAGAGAAGCAUCACCAGAAAGAUCCACUACUCAUAACAAUGAGCAACAUGGAAAUGAACAAACUAUCGAGCAAGAUGCUGUGAAGCAGUUAAUUGCUGAGUACGUGAAUGAUGCUCUCCAGGGUUUCGUGAGGGGACUACCAGCUAUGCCACCCGCACCUCCACCAUACAAUACUGUAACUGUGGAAAUUUCACGGUCAGGGUUGGUUAAUUCUGGAAGCGGAGGAACUCCCAACGAGUCACGUAAUGGGAGACCAGAUCUAUUUAUAAAAGUACACCCGGGUGAACAAAAAGUUAAAAAGAGAAUAGAGGAUAUAUUCAAAGUAAAUCAAGGAGAUACAGAAUUGCUUCGAGAAUUUAUAGACAGAUUCCAACGUGAAAGAAUGUUGCUACCAAGAGUACCUGAUAAUUGGGCAGCCAUGGCAUUUGCAAGCAAUUUAAACGAGAAAAGUUCAGAAGCUACGAUGAGGCUUAAAGAGAGCCUACGAGAAUUCCCUGCCACGAUAUGGAAUGAUGUCUAUAAUAGGUACAUUACCAAAUUACGGAUCGAAGAAGAUAUCGUAGCUCAGUCAAGGGUUGAAGAAAAAACAGGUUCGAGGCGGUCAGAAUGUGAGAAGAGGUCCGGUAAGAAUAGGUACGAGCCUUAUAUGGGACCUUCGGGGCGAGAAGCUCGUUCCAAAUUCGAAAAUGUGCAGGCUGAUCACAGGUUGGCAAAUAGAGAUUCAAGUUCGUCAUCGUCGAGAUUCAGAAAAGAUCGAGGUGAAUGCAACAGAGAUGCUAAUACAAACGCAAGGAUUGGGGACUACCAUUUUAACGUGAGUACCUCCGAGUUGGUCGCUGUUUUAAGAAGCAAGGGGGAUAAGGUACGAUGGCCUAAAGAGAUGAGAUCAAAUCCAAAUAGAAGAAACCUAGACUUUUGGUGCGAGUUCCAUAAUGACCACGACCAUAGAACAUCAGAUUGCAGAUUAUUACAAGGUGAUGUGGAACAUUUAUUGAAGCGGGGCUAUCUGACGGAAUUGUUCAGCGAGAAAGGAAAACAAGCUUACAUGAAAAAUAGGCAAGAGACCCCAAAACCUCCGUCUCCAAAGAGAACAAUAAAUGUGAUAAACGACGGAGAAGAAGUCAACGACGUAACCUAUACAGCUGCGAGGAAAACAACAAAGUUCACAAUAACUCACGGGAAGCGAACUCGCCAAACUCUGGAAGAUGGUAGCUCCGUGAACAUCAUUCUAUUACAAGCGGUGAACGAAAUGCUGAUGGGCGAUCGUGUAGUUCCAAAAGCACGUUCCUUAUCUGGGUUUGAUAACUCAACCAUUAUUACAAAGGGCGAGAUUAAACUAAGCACAUACACAGAAGGGGUCAUCAAAGAAACAAAAUUUCAAGUGAUAGACACGAAUAUGGCCUAUAAUGUGAUUCUUGGGAGGCCGUGGAUUCAUGAUAUGGAUGUUGUGCCAUCCACAUUACAUCAGGUUAUCAAAUUCCCUUCAAAAUGGGGAAUUCAAUAA